UUAGAAAUAAUAUAAUGGUUUCUCUUUUCUCUCUGGCACAUUAACCGAGGAGAAAACCCUAUUCAAAUCUCGAUCCCUUUUCCGGCGGGUUCUGCCGUCUGCUCUCACUGACAACUGGCGAGCCUCUCUUCUUCUUCUCCUCCUCUAUCUGUUUGUUGUCUUCCUCUUUGAUGGUGACUGAACUUGACAUCACGACAGCGAUAUAACCGGACCAACGUAAUGCGUCGAGUCCGAGUUCGCUUCUUCACUCUACAACCUCCUUGCCGAUUGAAUCUGUCACUGGGGAGAUUCCAAUCUUACCUGGAAUGUCUUCGGUUCGACCCACAUGUGUUGUUGAUGCCUCCAAUGUUAUCACAGAGUCUGCAGCUCAAGUGACAGAUUACGCUCCGGCUGAUGUCUCUGAGGUAAAAUCUCUUGUUCCAUUUGUUCCUUCUCUAGGAGCUUGGGGAAAGCCUCUAAAAAUUCCUUUGGAUUUAAAAGAUCCAAUCCCUGAAUUUUGCCUUUCAUCCGAGACUGCAAAGAUCACAGGUAAUGGAUUAGAAAAUCAGAAGGAAUUUUUGGUUGGUCAGCUUAUUAGAUGUUAUACACCAUCUCGAGGUGUCAUACAUGCUGUUGCUAACAGGAUUUGGGGUAAGAAGUGUAAGAUCUUCACUCGUAAAUUAGCUUUGCCUGAGAUUACUUCAGUUCCAGUAUGUCGAGGAGGGAGGUCGAUAAAACCUACGCAAAAAGUUCAAGAGAAUGAAUGGACUACGGUUGGAAGACAUGGCAAACAUGGUUGUGGUGGCCGCGGUGGUCGUGGUUAAGCACCGUAGUUCUUUGAUUUCUCUUUAUGUAAUCUAGAAUACACUUGUGUGUUCUUAUCCUUUUAACUACUUUCAAAAACUAUAUGACCUCAAAGUCAUAUCCUUGUAUUACCUUUGCAUUUAAUUUGCAAGCCUUUUAACAAAA